AUGCAUCAGCUGCUCGCCGUGACCUCAGCGCUGGUGGCGCUCUGCUGUCUGGGGAGCGUGGAUUCUUCAGCCUACGACAAGAUCGUCACCCACAGUCGCAUUCGGGCCCGGACUGAAGGGCCCAACGUGUGUGCUCUGCAGCAGGUCCUGGGCACCCAGAAGAAAUACUUCAGCACGUGCAGGAACUGGUACAAACGCUCCAUCUGCGGCAAGAAGGCGACAGCCCUAUAUGAGUGCUGUCCUGGGUACAUGAAGCUGGAGGGUAUGAAAGGAUGUCCUGCAGUGGCUCCCAUCGACCACGUGUAUGGUACGCUGGGGCUCGUAGGGGCUACAACCACACAGCAGUACGCCGACAUUUCCGAGCUGAGAGCGGAAAUUGAAGGCCAAGGCUCCUUCACCCUGUUUGCACCGAGCAAUGAAGCCUGGGACCAGCUCGACCCUUCUGUGCGGUCUGCACUGGUGAGCAACGUGAACAUCGAGCUGUACAACGCUCUUCACUUCCACAUGGUGAACCGACGUCUUCUGACAAAAGGGAUGAAGGACGGCAUGACUGUAAAUUCCAUGUACAACGACCUGGGGCUCCACAUCAACCACUAUUCAAAUGGGGUUGUGACAGUGAACUGUGCCAGAAUCAUCCACGGUAACCAGGUGGCCACAAACGGCGUGGUGCAUGUGAUCGAUAGGGUCAUCAGCGCCGUGGGCAGAACCAUCAAGGAUGUCCUGGACGUCGACGAUGACCUCUCCUCCUUCAACGCUGCAGCGUUGGCUUCUGGUAUGAUGGACAAGCUGGACCAGCCGGGACAGUUCACCCUGUUCGCACCCACCAACGCAGCCUUUGACAAACUGAACGCAGGCUACCUGGAGCGUAUCAUGGACAACAAGGAUGUUAUUGCAGCCCUGGUGAACUACCACCUGCUGAAGACUGUCCAGUGCUCCGAGGCGAUCACGGCCGGAUCGGUGUAUGAGACGGAAGAAGGCAGCAACAUAGAGAUCGGCUGCGACGGUGACAGUCUGACGGUGAACGGCAUCAAGAUGGUGCUGAAGAAGGACAUCGUCACCACCAACGGCGUCAUCCACCUCAUCGACCAGGUGCUCAUCCCAGACUCAGCCAAGGAAGUGAUGGAGCUGAUGGGAGAGACACAGAGUGUGUUCACCGACAUGGUGUCCGAGCUGGGAUUAGCCGCCGCCAUGCGUCCGGAGACAGAAUACACGCUGCUUGCUCCAGUCAACGGAGCCUUCACCAAUGAGGUGAUGUCAACAGAUCAGAAUCUGCUGAGGUACAUCUUGGAAAACCACAUCCUGAAGCUGAAAGUCUCACUGAGCGAGCUCUACAACGGACAGCUGCUGGAAACACUGGCUGGCCAUUUCCUCCGGGUCUUCAUCUACCGCACUGCUGUGUGCAUAGAAAAUGCCUGCAUGGUGCGCGGCAGUAAGGAGGGAAGCAACGGGGCCGUCCAUCUUAUGAACUCUCUCAUCCAACCGGCCAAGAAGACCAUGUACGAGCUCCUGAUUGCUGACGGACGCUUCGAGAUUUUCCUGUCACUGAUGGAAACUGCGGAUCUGACUGAUCUGCUGAAGCAGGAAGGCUCCUCCACCAUCUUUGCACCAACUGAUGAAGCGUUCGCCGGCCUGAGUAGAGAAGACUUCGCUCUGCUCAGAAGUGAUCUGAAUGUCCUGAGAACCAUCCUGCUCUACCACUUCAGUAAUGGCAUCUUCAUUAAUGGAGGACUGGAGGGAGGAGUUACCAAUCUGCUCAAAACGCUGCAGGGCAACAACCUGCAAGUUAAGUCUGUUAACAACUCUAUUCAUGUCAACUCUGUGGAAGUUCCGUCCAGCGACCUCAUGGCCACAAAUGGUGUCGUCCAUAUCGUGAAGAACGUUCUCUAUCCCGGAGAUCUUCCUGUGGGCCGUCAGGACCUCAUGGUCAUCCUGCAGAAACUGAUUCGAUACAUCACGAUAAAGUAUGUCUCUGGAUUUUCUUACACUGAGAUCCCACUCACUUCCUACAAGAGGACCAUCACCACCACUCAUUAUAUUAAAACAGUCCCUGAUGUGACAAAGGUGAUCAGAGUGAUGGAAGCAGAACCAAAAGUCACCAAGGUGACCAGGGUCAUCGAGGGGGAACCGGUGUUCACCACGCUAACGAGAGUCAUCGAAAAGGAACCCACUGUCACCGAGGUGGUUGACAGGGGGGAGCCGGUGGUCACCAAGGUAACCAGUGUCAUCGAAACCGAACCGAAAACCACCAAGGUGGUUGUUGAGGGGGACCAAUCCAUCACCAAACUAACCAGGGUCAUCGAAAUCGGCGAUCCAAGAGUCACCAAGGUUACAAGAGUUAUCGAGGGUGAGCCUCAGGUAACGCUGAUUACCAAACUCAUUAGAGGUGGAGAGUUUGAUGCUGAUGGGAAAAGAAUUCAAGGUGGAGCCAGGCACACCACGGUGAUCGAGCCUCAUGUCAUUGAGGGUCCAGACUUCUCAAAAAUCACCACCAUCCAUGGCGACCCGGGUAUGAUCCGUGAGGAAUCAGAGAGGAUUACCAAACUCAUUAAAGAGGGAGGUAGAGGAGCGCCCAGCAGAAGACCACCAGCUGGAAUGAGGAGGGCAAGGAAGGUCCGGCGUCACCACAAGCCGAGGCAGUGAAUCCCUGACCAGCGCCAGGCUCACCGCAGGGACUGAAUGCACCUCGAGCGCUCCUGGUCGAGUGCUGGAGGGUUAAACUAUGGACCAACAGGGAGACAUCGAAUCAUUCUAGCUUUGUGAUUGUUCACCGUUCCACCUGGACCAUACUGUAUGUGAUAGGCAUGAUGUGUAAUAGCAUUGCAGUGACAUUAGAAAUACCCGUCAUGUAAGUGUGCAUGGGAAAUAUGAAUUUGUGCCGUUGGGUGGAUGGUGUGUAAGGUGAGAUAUAUUCUACCGUAGAGAGGUUUUGCUUUUUUUAAUUAAAGUCAUGUCACUUUGUAAACUUGGCUUGGGAAGAUUUGUCUAUGCUUUUUUAUAUGGUGCUUGUUUUCUGUACAAUAGAUGCAUUUUAAAGAAACCGUGUUUUGCUACCAU